AUGUCUGAUACAAACUUGGAUAAUGAUCUUAAAGAUCCCAAUAAACAAGCCAAUCAAUUUAUAAAUAAAAAUAAUAGUAGUAGCAGUAAUAAUAAUAAUAAUAAUAAUAAUAAUAAUAAUAACAGUAACAUUAGUUCAAAAAAUAAAGUUAGAAUUAUUGAAAGUUUGCAUACUUUUGAUAUUUACAAUACAGAUCCAUACCCAUCUUUACAAAAUGCGUCUAGUCCAGAUAAUACAAAUAUAUCUUUAAAAGAACAAUUAUCCUUAGACCCAUUAACUCAAGAUUUUUUACCAAGGGGUUUAAGAAGUAUUCAUGGUACCACAAAGAGAGUCGUAGAUGCUAAAAAUUCUUUCAAGAGAUGGGAUUGGAAUAAGCUGCCUUCGAAAGAUGUAAAGUGUCUGAAAUCAAUAUCAAAUUAUAAUUUAAUUAAUAUAGAAAUUGAUGGGCAAAUAAAACAAUUACAAUAUCUGCCUUCUUAUAACCCCAUGUUGCCAGUAUUAGACAUUUUUUAUGCAUUUAAUAAAGAAUCUAAAACCGUUGAUAGCUUAAUAUUUUCAAAACAAAGAUUGAAGUCGUCAACUGAAGUCAUCAUUAACGCUUUGAAGACCAAUUGCAAAACAACUACUUUAUCAGAACAGUCCUUAACAAAUCCUUCCCCCAAUUCCGUCAUCUCAGAUAAUGAUAUGAUUAAUGAAGAUUCGAAUAUUUUAUUGUCGUUAAGUAAUUCAUCUUUAAUUAAUAAUUAUACUAGUCCCUUCAUCAGUGAUAUUUUGGAAGAUCCUAAAGACUUGACAAAUCAGAAUUCAAAUUCAGAUCAUCGUUCAGAAGUGGAUAUUGUUAUCCAUUUAUGGCAUUUGCAACUACAAAAAUUUCUUUUGCAAAAAAAUUCAUUGUUUUAUUCCAAUGAGGCUUUACAAUCCUUAUUGAAAACAAAAUCGGUUACAAGAAAGUCAUCAAAGAAUAAUCAGCAAAAUUCUACAUCAGAUACUUUGACGAUAAAAGAUACUUUAGAUCGAUCACAAGACUUUACACUUGAUAAGAAUAGGUUGAUGCUCUCAAAACAUGUACAAGAAUAUCUUGAUGAAAUUGACAUUUUGGUGAUUAGACCACCUUUAGCAUAUUUGACGGGGCUACAAUUAGCAUUUGAUGAACCAAGUCUAAAUGUUGUAGACUUCCAAUUACAUUCAAUAUCUUGGAUCUCAAAGAAUCUUACCAAGGAUUUAUUAAUUAAUACAAAUGGAGAAAUUAAUAAAAAAUAUUCUUCAAUGAUCAAAAUCGUAUCUAAUGAAUCUGAGUUGGAAAUUUUAACUAAAGAGAACGCACAUUUGUAUAUGGUUAAUUGUUUAGAUAAACCAUUUGCUGACCACUACAUUGAUAUUGACACUGACAGUGUUGAAAACAAGAGUAUAUAUAGUGGGAAAUCUGAUAGUACUAAUGAAUAUCUACUAUCCAUGUUGCCCCCCUUAGCAAAAAGAGAUAGCUAUGAUACGAUCACCUAUGAUACACAUAGUAAUGUUAGUAACAAUACUAAUUUUACCACUGACACGAAUAUUUUUAAUCCAUUAUAUGUUGAGAAAUCCGAUAAUGCUAUAAAAGAGGAGAAUAUAGUUCCCAAGAAAAAACUAUCUUCCAAAAAAUCGAGUAUUGUGAAUUUCUUUAGAAGAAAGCAUCAUUCUCAGGCACAAUCACAGGCUGAGCAUACAAAAGUUACACAACAACAACAACAUAUUAAUAUACCGUCACAUCGUUCAUCAAUAAGUAGCCAACAGUUUUCAAGUAUUCCCACUGAUAUUACAUCUGGUUAUUAUCGGAAAACUCCAUCAGUCAGGAAUUACAAUUUUCCAUUAAUAAGAAAAUCAUGCCCAAAUAAAAACCUUACAUUAAACAAUUCAGCAUCCCAUCAAACGUUAUGGUUGGAAGAACAUUUUUGUGAACUUCUUAAUAACUAUAAAAAAGUUGAAAUGCCAACGCAGUAUUAUUUACCUGGGGAUGCUAAGUCACCUCUAUCUAUAAACAAAAUAUCUGCUGCAUCUUUCUCCUCAUCUUCAUUGUCCUUAAAAGAUGAUGUAGAAAAUAUUGAUAAAAAAGUCAGGAGUAGCAAAUCUUAUAAUAGACAAUUUUUAGAAUUACGAUUACCAUUUACUGAUAAUUCGAUACCAGCAAUAUAUUGCCCAUGGGUCUGGGGCAUCCUACCAAGAAAAAGAUGGCAUGUCUUGACAAAAGAAUUGUUUAGAAUUCUAGAACAUGAGGGGUAUGUUCUUGCUGUUCAAGCUGAUUUGAGUCCGACAAAUACAAAUCCAACGAAAAGUAAAUUCCAGACUGCGAUAUCUAGAGAAAAAAUAUUUGACAGUGUUGCUAUUAAUGCAAUUCAUCAAAACAUUUUUACUCAUCCUACACAGCAUUUGUCAAAUAUCUUUAAAGAACAUGGAUUUACUAAUAUCAAGGCAUCAACUCUAAGUCUAAAAUUAGGAGAUUGUGAAACUGAGAUGGGUUGUUUAAAUGAAUUUGCAUGUUUGAUGGCUAUUAAUUUUACAUUUAGACAAGAAAUGGAUUAUCAAGAAGGAACGAAUAAAGAUCCAGGUGAAAUUAUAGAACAGUAUUAUAAGGAACAUUGGUCUCAAAUUGAUAACCAAGCGGGUACAUUCAGAAUAUCUUAUAUUGUAGCACAAAAACCAAAAAAGAUUACUACUUUUUAA